GUUUUUCCGAGCGCAGCACACUGCCUUUGCACGUAUCAUAUAUCAAACAACAUUAAGAAACAUUAUAAAACAGAAGCGCAAGCGGUAAAGGAUUCAUUUCACGCAGCAGCAAAGGCCUAUACAGUUGAGGAGUAUGACAUGCACAUGUCUGAGAUAGAAAAGCUGAAUCCGGAUGUAAUAACGUAUCUGGAAAAAAUUGGAGUACAGAAGUGGGCAAGAAUUCAUUGUCCAAAGAAUAGGUACUUCACAAUGACAUCUAAUGCUGCUGAAACAGUUAACUCAGUGACAAAGUCAAUUCGUGAUCUUCCAAUAACAACACUAUUAGAGGCUUUGAGAGAAAUGCAACAGAAGUGGAAUGUUGCCAACAGAGAAGAGGCGAAGGCAACGUUUACGACACUUGCUAAGAAUCCCCAUAACAUGUUAGAAAAUAACUAUAAGGCGGCAUCGAGGUUUUCGGUAAGACCUAUAUACCAUACAUAUCUAGAUAUUUACUUUAUAUAUACUGC